GCAGGCAGGGCAGGUGAGGCAAACAGCAUGGGGAAGAUUGUCUUCUAUGAGAACAGGGAGUUCGCUGGGCACCAUUUUGAGUGUUCCAAAGACUGUGCAGAUCUGCUAAGGAGUCUGAGCCGGUGCAGCUCCAUCAGGGUGGAGAGCGGCUGCUUCAUGAUUUACGAAAAAGCCAACUACACUGGGAACCAGUACUACCUGAGCAAAGGAGAGUAUCCUGACUUCCACCACUGGAUGGGUGUCAGCGACUCUGUCGGUUCUUGUCGCCACAUCCACACGGAGCCUGGUUCAUUCAAUAUGUGCUUGUAUGAGAGGAUUGAAUUUGGUGGCCAGAUGAUGGACCUGGUGGACGACUGUCCCAGUGUAGUGGACCGCUUCAACAUUCACAAUAUCUUCUCUUGCAAUGUUCGAAAGGGGAACUGGCUCUUCUAUGAGCACCCUCACUAUCGAGGCAAGAUGUAUCUGAUUCGACCUGGAGAGUAUAAAAGGUUCAGUGAGUGGGGCGGCAGGAGCGCCAGAGUUGGCUCCAUCAGACGCAUUAUGGACUAUUGACCUACUGCAGGGGAAUAUAGGUAGCACAGAAGACUGUUUUUUGUCAUAUUUAUAUUCAUUUUAGCCUUAAUUUCCAGAAAAAAACUUUACUAGUAUAAUGCAGAACAUUGUCUCUUUGAAUUGAGAAAAACUUCAACAAAAGCAACAAACAAAUAAUAAAUAUGUUCACCUAUCAUCAUACAUUAUCUCACUUCUAACGAAGCAGUUACAAAAAGGAGUCUCCAAUGUCCCUUAGGUUGUAGCCACCACCACCACAAUGAAGAGGGAAUACUAAAGAAAAACACAGUUAUUAAACAUCUCAUCAGUUUCUUUUUUACUAAUAGUCCUAUCAUAAUGUUGAUAUCGGCCUUGUUUUUUAAUAGUGUUGUAAGACACAGCGAUAGAACAAUGACACACCACCAUCACCAAUAUCAGAUGCUGUACUACAAACAGUUUCAGUUCUACCUAAGCCAGGCUGCCAAGUACAAUCAACAAUAAAUAUACCUCACUGAAUUAAAAUUAUGCAGAGGCUCAGCAAAGAGCCAGUUCUAACAUUAAUCUCAUGUCAAAUUGCGCAUGUGUUCUAUCUGCACUGAUCAAAUUAAUAAAGAUAACUGUUAUUUAACUACUUAGGGGCAAAAAUAGACUGUAUAAGGCGAAAUCAUUGAUUCCAGAAUGUUAAUUGUGAAAGAAAAAAAAAAUAAAAUUAGUCUGUGACCACCCAGUCCUGAAAGAACAA